AGAUAUUCAGCGUUUAAGGUGUGCAAAACGUCUAUUUUUGUGGAGUUAUUUUCAAGUAAUGCAUUCCACAUGAAGUCUUUGAGAAAAGUAGAAGAUACAUCUUCAUGUCAUGGAGUUUAUUAAAGAGGAGCAUGAAGACUGGACUGAUCCAGAGCCCUGCAGAGUCAAAGAUGAAGAGCUUGAGGAACAAAUAGGCCUGAUGGAAGUGAAAGAGGAAAGCCAAGAACUGUAUGAAGUUGAGGACAACCACUAUUUCCAGACACUUGAAAAUGUUAUAGCUGAAGAAAAACCUUUAACUGACUAUCAGUCUGAAAAUCUUUCACAAGCAGGACGCCUUAAAGAUCCCAUUAAAAGUCAUACCAGAAGGAGGCCUUUCACAUGCCAUCAAUGCGGAAAGAGUUUCGCAAAUAGAGGGCAACUUAAUGUUCACAUGAAAACCCACGCUGGAGAGAAGCUUUUCUCGUGUUAUGAGUGUGAAAUGAGUUUCACUAGCAAACUAGCUCUUCAGAAUCAUGUAAAAACUCACUCUGGAGAGAGGCCUUUCCCAUGCCACCAAUGUGAAAAGAGCUUCAAUCAUAAAGGACUCCUUAAUAUUCACACGAGGAGUCACACUGGAGAGAAGCCCUUCGUGUGUCCUCAGUGUGGAAAGAGGUUUAUUCAUAGAGGGCAUCUUAACGAUCACUUAAGGAUUCACACCGGAGAGAAGCCUUACACAUGCACUCACUGUGGAAAGUGUUUCACACAUCAAGCAAGCCUCUCGUGGCACAUGAGAACUCACACUGAAGAAACUCUUAAGCGCUACAUGAGAAUGCACCCUGAAGGGAAUCCUUUCAAAUGCCAUCAGUGUGGAAAGAGUUUCCUUCAUAAAGGACACCUUAAUGAUCACUUAAGGGUUCACACUGGAGAGAAACCAUUCACAUGCCCUCACUGUGGAAGGAGUUUCAGUCAUAAAGGAUACUUUCAUGUUCACUUAAGGAUUCACACCGGAGAGAAACCGUUCGUGUGCCAUCAGUGUGGAAAGAGUUUCACGCAUAAAGGAAGCCUGAAGUGGCAUAUGAGAAUCCACACUGAAGGACUUUUCGAUUGCAAUGAGUGCGGGAAGAGUUUCGCCUAUAAAAGGAAACUUCAGAUUCACAGAAGAAUUCACACCGAAGAGAACCCUUUAACUUGCCUCCAGUGUGGAAAAAGAUUCACAUGUAACAAAAAGUUUAAGUGUCACAUGAAAACUCACUCUAACGACAAUCCUUACUCAUGCAAUCAAUGUGGAAAGCGUUUCAAUCAAAGAGGACACCUGAAUGAACACAUGAGAACUCACACCGGAGAGAAGCCGUUCACAUGCCAUCUGUGUGGAAAGAGCUUCAGUCAGAAAGGAACCUUUAACAUUCACCUAAGAAUUCACACCGGAGAAAGGCCGUUCACGUGCCAUCAGUGUGGAGAGAGAUUCAGUAAGAAAGGAAACUUGAAUGUUCACCUGAGAUCUCACACUGCCAUCAACCUUGCAUGCCAUCCAAGUGCGCAGAGUUUAAUUCAAAAAGCGCACCUUAACGAUCAUAUAAGAAUUCACAUUGUAGACAGGCCAUUCACAUGCCAUCACUGCAAAAAGAAUUUCAUUCAUAGAGGACACCUUAAUGAUCACCUGAGAAUCCACACCGGAGAGAAGCCUUACGCGUGCCAACAGUGUGGAAAGCGUUUCACACAUAAAGGAAGCCUUACGUGGCACACGAGAACUCACGCUGAUGAGGAGCUUUUCCAAUGCCGUCAAACCGAGAAGAAAUUACCAAAAAAUGCAGAUGUUGAGAGUCAGAAAAGAAUCCGCACCGGAGAGAAGCCUUACGCGUGCCAACAGUGUGGAAAGCGUUUCACACAUAAAGGAAGCCUUACGUGGCACAUGAGAACUCACGCUGAUGAGGAGCUUUUCACGUGCCACCUAAGUGAGAAGAAAUGCACAAGUGAUGUAGAGAGUCGCUCUGGAGAGAAGCCUUACGCGUGUCCUUUGUGUGAAAAGAGUUUCAGUCGUCAAGCAAUCCUUCAGAGUCAUGUAGAAACUCACUUUGAAGAGAGUCCUUAAAGGUGCUCUAUGUCAUUUUUUGACUAAAGCAUUACAAUAGCGCACAAUAUGUUUGCAGAUAUUUAGGAAACAUGCUAAUUCACAUACUUGUUUCUCUGAAAAACAAUGCUACGGCCAAUAUUACAUUGUCAAUAUUACAAUACUGCACCUUUAAACAUGCCCUCAAUUUAGAAAGAAACCCCUUUGAACUACUCCUAACCUUAGAAGAAACCAGGCAAUUUUUCUUUACUACUAUCACCUUAUGAAGAACUUGCUCUUGGCUUGCUCACUGUGGGUAUAAUAACGAAUAACAUUUUUUAUGAAGCUGUAAAUGGAACUGCUCAGUGGUGACCUAUGGUAGAUAUUUCUUCAGUAUUUUCUGUAAAACUUUGAAGCAGUGUACACUACCAUUAUACACGAAAAGCUCUGUAAAUCAAACUGACUUGGCUUACACAUUUUUCUUGCAUUAAAUACCUUUUAUUAAAUAACGGUAUAGGAUUUAACUUGCACUUUGAAACACUUUUUUUUGGCCAAACACAUAAAAAGUUUUCAGGUUUAGUUAAAACUGCAUUGUCCGAUUUGUGCAAAUCCGUUUCGAGCUACAUUCAUAUGUGGUUUGGAAUCCUAUUCAAAUUGCAUUUCUGGAAAUCCGUUUCAGUCUGACCGGUCAGAUCGGAUUUAGCAUAGCUUUUUCACGUCCUCACGCCACGUAAAAUGUAAACACGUCAGACAUUUUUUGUAGAAAACAGGCUGAACGUCUUUGCAGAAGCUUGUGUCGUUGUGAAGUGCAAGUCAAGCGGGAAAAGACCGUAUACUGCUAGUAUACGUACCUCUUUGAGUUUUGAAAGUAGCGGAGACAGCAGCACUGAAUAAAGCCGCACAUUCCAGCUUUCUGGGAUUCUGAUGCUGCCUCGUAUUCUGUAAAACGAAAGACCGCUUAUGGACACACAAAUCGGAUAUGAACAUUUGCGAUACACUGUGUGGACAGUCAGUUGUUCAAAUCGGAUUCGAAUCCGGAUAUGCACAAACUCAGAUUUGGGCUGACAGUCUGAACGAGGCUUUAGUGUUUUUGUUCCUAUGGUUACCAAUUAUGAUGACCUGUCUUCUCAUUAUCCCGUGUGCAUUUAAGCCCUAUGUGUAGUUCAGUCCAUUGUCCUGUAUUGUCAUUUCUAAUUCUUGUAAAGCUGUAACUUCUCUCCUGUGCCUUAGUUAGAGUAAAUGUUUGAUUACCUUCUUUGUUGAUGUUUAUAAAUUAAGUUAAAUGGAUUUCUCAUCUUCCUUCGCCUGCCUUACCAUAACAGAACAGAGGACCUAGAGAAGAUGCAUGCAACUUCCAGCCGUUUGCCACCUCCUCACUCGGGAUAGUCACUCCCUCGAGGACCACACCAGUGAGUUCCUGGAACAUAGCAUAUCAUUAUUGUUGGACUGGACUUAAUGAUCCCCUGUCUGUUAAUGGUCCUCGAGGGAAGUUUAAGGAUUUUGUUGAGCUAGUGCUCACAAGGAGUGCAUGAUGAUUGCCACUUGCACACCACAGACACUGAGCCUGAGCAAUUGUCUGCCUCAAACCCUGAGCCUGAGUCUACACCCAUCACGAACGCAAAACCAGAGCCCACACCUGCAUAGGACCUCCUACCAGCAGAGAGUUUGACCUUAAAAGCUAGUACCUGCAGCCGAGUUCAUCCUGGAGCCUGAGCCAGAUGAGAAAGACAAGUCUGUCCCAGAGUUAGAGCCAUGUCCCAGAAAGGAGUAUCGAUAUCCUGGAGCGGAGUACCAACAUAUCCCCCCAGCCAUCCUAGUUACUGUAAUGGAUUUGCUGGACCCCCGUUCCCAUUGAUGCAGCACGGUCUCCUGACUCCUUUGUCUUCGCCAGAUCCAUCUCCUGGCUUAGCUGGCUCUAUCUGGUUCUCUGACUCCACCUGGUUAGCCUCUGCAUUUAAACCGUUUUAUUCUAGCUUCAUGCAUCUUUUUUUAUCAACACUUAGAUGUGGGUAAGUUUCAUAAAAAAAGCAAUGUUUUGAACAAAAAAAAACGAGAUUGUCAUGUUUUUGUCAAAAACUAUAUCUAGAUGCAAUUCAGAACAUACUGUAGAUGGAGUAGAUUGCCUCCAUCAACACCCCAACGCUUCAGAGUCCUGAACCAAUUCCUGGGUCGACAUUUCAUUCGGGAGCAUUAGGCCGUUUGAUUUACAUGCUGUUAAAUGUCUGAUGAUCGCGCUUCUUUUUCUUUUGUUCGUUCUGAAGUGAUUUAAAAACAAUAUUUUUUACUAUCUUUUGAAUGUCUGUUACUAUUGUGUAUGAGAUGUGCAACAUAAUUAACCAUGCCUAAUUAAUUUCAUACUAACGCUAGUCCAUAAUUCAACAUGAACAAAAUACAUCCCUUCAAACAUUGGGGUAUUGCAAAGUCACACAAGUUUAUUGAGCUAAUAUUUUGACUUUUUUGGGGGGGGGGAUAAUUCUACAUUUUGGUGCAUCCUAUUUUUUUUAUUUAACUCUUUCCACAUUCAUGGCAAGUGAAAGAACUUUUAGAGCUUGUUUUCUUUAUUCUUUUUACUGAGAGAUUAUUUUCGGUGCAAUGAAAGAAGUUUUCUCCACUUGUGAAACCAUGAUGUUUCUCCUCCGCUUCAUUGCUUUCCUCUUUCUGCAGCA